AUGCUUUUCUGCAUCACAAUCGCCAUCACUACUCCCCUCGCAUACAUCGCCUUCCAUCUAGAGGAUAUCAAACGACUAUGGAAAUCGGCUACAAGACGGGCCUUUACCUCGAUGUUUGAGUUCUCAAAUGACCACGGCUAUCAUAUGCCGUCCUUGGACAGGUCCGAUUCAGUCAGAUUUCAACAACUUGAGAAGUCUUACGAGGAUGUGCUAGAAAAAGUGAAGAAGGUGUGGGAGACUUUAUUGUCGAAAGCCCGACGUGGGAGUACGGAUGAGCAGAAACCUCCUGUUGGUGAGGAUAAUGCUUGA